AUGAACACCGAGGGAGUAUUUGGCGUCAUCGGAGCUCAAAUAAGCUGGCCGAUCACCUUCAGUCUUGCCCAUGAUGGAAUUGAGAAGGGAGGGAAGACGGGGGAGGAGGAUGUCGAAAGUAAACGCAACCAACACGAAUUGAAGGAAAUACCACCCAGCGCAACAGCGGAGAAGGAAGACCAGAAGACGAUGUGGACCGGGACCUCCCGCGACUAUAUUAGUAUUUUCUCGGGGAGGAUGGGAUAUCACCAUGUCCUCCUCUUCCACCCCCCCCCAUCCCCUUUGGAUGAGAAGCCCGAUGUCUCCCAUGACCACGAUGUCCCCGUCGCCAGCAGCUCAGGACGUCUACACGCCCUAGAGCAACUAGAAAUUCUCCCUCAAAUGCUUCAAGAGGGCAUCCUCUUUGCCGGAUCAGGCGCAGCUCUGCUCCUCCAAGCAGCCCUCCCCGCCAUCCGCGAAGUCGAAAACGACAACAGCAGCCCCAAAACACUAGCGACAGAGCUCCUCGACGCUCUCCAAGCCCAUCUAGGCUACAUCUCCACAUUCGUCUUCGGCACACGCGACGAGCGCAAAAUCCUCCUAGACCUCUUCCAGCGCGAAGAAGCGCCCGGUCUCGGCGGCGGGCGCAACAAUCGCUUCGCCCACCACCCCACGCUGCAAAAAUGGAUGGCAGCAACCCUCUACGCCACCGCGACCGACUUCUAUCAGCGCGUCUACGGUAGAGUUGACUACCAGACUGCCCAGCGCGCCUACAGCGAGUUCGGCCUGCUGAUGAACUGCAUGGGCGUGCCUACGGGCACCUGGCCCGAGACCCGCCAGGCGUUCUGGUCGUACUGGGAUGAUCAGGUCGGCAAGUUGACCGUCUCCACCGAUGCGGCGCAAUUCGCAAAGGACCUGCGCGAGUCGACCGAUAUGCCCAAGUGGGUGCAGAAUAUGAAGCCGUUUCUGCGCGCCGUCACGAUCGAGAUGCUCCCGCCGAACCUGCGGGAUUCUUAUGGGCUCAAGUCGACUACUAGUACUCGUACGCUCUAUCGGACCUGGAUGGGGUUCUCCGUGGCGGUUUACCCGGCUAUGCCGAAUAAAUGGCGUGGGUAUCCGCUGCGCUAUUAUCAGGAUAAGCUGCGUGGGAAGUUGAAUGUUGUUUGA